UUUGAAGAAUUUAUGGAAUUGUUGGAUCGAGUUGAAGAAAAAUGGAGUUUAACUGAUAAAUGGGGAUUAAAUGAAAGUUUUGUAAGGUUAGGUGAAAAAUGGGAAUUAAGAAAGGAAUUAAAAGAUAGAAUUUGUGAGAUGAAAGAUGAUUUAAUGAGUAUGAUUGCUUUUGGUGAUGAGAUAAGAGAAGGAGGCAGCAGUUCCAAAUAUGAUAGGUCUUCUUUGGAUGAUGAGGAAUGGGAAAUGUUGGAAGAUGACCAGGAAAAUGAACCUUUGAUAAAGCAAUUAGAAGCAUUAGGAAAAGAGAAAAGGCUUACCGAAGUCCAACUUUCAGCAGCUAUAAAGUUAU